GUUUAAAUAAUGUAAAUUAAUUUUUCGCGCGCGUUUAUAUUUAUAAUAAAUUAUUGAGGAUAUUAAAUGCAUUUCUUGAAUCAAUGAUAUCAUUAUAAAAACUAUAAAUAUCAUUAGUGGUAACGUUAAAAAAAAAUAAGGAUAUUUUGUUUUGAAACUAAUACUCUUUGUAAUAUAUAUAUAAUGCAUGAUUUUUCGCAUGAUUUUGAUACUGUCACUCCAGGUAUUUGGAUGAUAAAUGAAGAAGAAUGGAAAGAUAAACUUUUAAAGCUGCCCAAUUGGUAUAAGAUACCCUUAAUAAACUCGAACGCAACACACAACCUACCUGAUGGCACCAUGGUACGAUUUCGAGGGAUGGUUCAAGAUAUGCAUAAUCCUGAAUUCUAUUUUGAACAAUUCGAAGUAUUUAAUACAAAAACAAAUGAGGUGAAAUGUAAAUCUGGAAAGUACACUGAUACAGCAAAUAUAAUGGAGAAUGAAAAAGUAAAUUAUACAGAGAAUUUAAAAAGUGCACAAAGACAGACAAUAGUUGUAGUUUCAAUGCCAGGAUUCAAUGAUUGGGCUCAAAAAUUAGAAGAUGAACAAAAUCAUUUGAAGCAUCUUGAGCAACAGCCUAACACGUCAAAGAGAUUAAAUUCAAAUUAUUCAAAAUUGAAAAGAUCAUAUGAUGAAAGUGAUGAUGAUCCAGAUGCAAUGGAUGUACAAGUUGAUCUGGUAAAUAAGGAGAGAAGGACAAAAGAAGAGGUCGAUGAUAGCUCAAAUGUGGUUUCCAGGGAGCAUUUACUUAAUUUUCCAUUGCCAGAUGUAGCCAGCAAAUCUUGUAUUAUCAAGGUUUAUGACGAUGAAGAAAAUCUUAAAUUAAAUGACAUGAUAGAAGUAGUUGGCUUCCUGUCUGUUGAUCCCGCACUCUCAGGAGAAUUCCAACCCGCCAAGGGUUCCCUUUUGGAACCCAUCUGUGAAACAGAUGCAGAGAUAAUAACACACAAUCCUCCACCAAGUUUGGUGCCAAGAUUGCAUGCUGUAUUUGUUAAGAAAUUGGACCAUUGUAAUCCAUUGGUCAAAGAAAAGUUUAGUCAAGAGACUGUACUCAAAGAUGCAAACACAGCGAGGGAACACUUGCUGAAGGCCUUGACAGAACUAUUGCUUGGUGAUAAAUUAGCUGCUGAAUACUUAAUAUGUCAUCUCAUAGCUUGUGUAUAUCUCCGUCAAGAUACAAUCACAUUGGGUCAAUUCUGCUUGAACAUAUCAAACCUGCCGACUCAGAAGUACCCCAACUAUGGCCAGCAGCUGUACAACAUUAUUAAACAGUUUGUCACUAAAAGCUACUAUUUACCUCUGACUGUAGAGAACAUGAACACAAUCGCUCUAUUACCAAAAAAAGAUUAUGAUUGCAACAGAUUGACCAGUGGUAUUCUUCAGCUGAGUAAACACACACAUUUAGUCCUAGAUGAAACUAAGAUGGAGCAAGGCCAUUUAGACGCUACCGGUGUUAAUAAUAUUACAGCUUUGGGUAAUUUAAUUAAACAACAAAAAGUUGAAUAUGAUUUCAAGUACUACAAAAUGGAGUUUGAUUCAGACAUUUCCGUACUGGUGUUAUCUGAAGGCAAAUCUCUGCUACCGAGUGACUAUCACAUUUCCUUACGACCUGAGGAAUCAUCUCUUGAAAUAUUUGAUGCUAUUGUCGAAGCUGCUACAUACUACUUGAAGGAAGAGAUCAUGAAUACUAUAAGAUCUUAUUUGACAAAUCUCAAACUUGUCAAAUAUUCAAUCAGUGAAGAUUUACAGUUUGUUGAAGAUGAUUUUAUAGAAAUGCGUAAUAAAGCGGAUGAAGAUAACGCUGUAACAGCAGAUGAUUUACAUCGUCUGCUUGUUUUGGCUAGAUUAGUAAGUCUAUCCAGAGGUCAUGAUACUUUGAACAAGGAAUGCUGGGACAUUACAAAAGCAAUGGAGGCAGAGAGGUUGCAGCGGUUGAAGAAUCGCGUCCCCAGUACUUUUUAGAUCUUAAGAUUAAAUGAAUGCAUUUUGAAUAAAAUAAAACAGUUUGUUUAUA